AUGGGUUUGAUGCGAUCGAUGAUUCCAAACGGGAAACAACUUUUUAAGUCACAAUCUUUCAAGAACAAAAAGCAAUCUUCAUCAUCAUCAAAAUUAGAGGUUGUUCCAAAAGGACAUGUAGCGGUUUAUGUAGGAGAACAAGUGGAGAAGAAGAGGUUCGUUGUUCCCAUAUCGUACUUAAACCAUCCUUUGUUUAGAGAUUUCCUUCGUUGCGCAGAGGAAGAGUUCGGGUUCAAUCACCCGAUGGGCGGCUUGACGAUUCCUUGUAGGGAAGAAACAUUUCGUAGUCACAUCUCACUGUUGCUUAGUUGUGAGAACCUUGAUUAA